UUUAAGAUUUAGGAUUUGGGAGUGACGCGGAUAUGAAAGCUAGUUUAUCCCUCUUUCCUUCGCUAUGAAAAAUAUUUGGACAAACUAGACUAAGUACUCCCAGCCCUAGUUAAUUAGCUAAUUAUGUUACUAGUUUGCGUUAUUUGUUGAAGGGACCAAAACCAGAGUGCGCAGUGGUUACGACUGAUUUAUCACCUCGGGAUUAUACUUGGCAGGGCCGUCCUCCGAGCUGCUGGGAUAACUUUGGAGAAGUUCUUUGUAUUCGGGAUAGUCAGACAGCUUGGCCAACAAGCUGAACAUGGACUGGGGCACAGAGCUUUGGGACCAAUAUGACAUCAUUGAGAAGCAUACACAGUCUGGCCUGGAGCUAGUGGAGAAGUAUGUGAAGUUUGUGAAGGAGAGGACAGAGAUUGAGCAAAACUAUGCCAAACAACUGAGGAACCUUUCCAAGAAAUAUAACCUAAAACGAAGCAGUAAAGAUGAACCAGAGUGCAGGUUGUCCAGCUACCAGUCUUUUUUGGACAUCCUGAAUGAGAUGAAUGACUACGCAGGGCAGAGGGAGCUAAUUGCUGAGAACAUGAUGAUGAGCAUUUGCAUCGACCUCACCAAGUACUUGCAAGAGCUCAAGCAGGAACGAAAGACGUAUCUGAUGGAGGCCAAGAAGGCCCAGCAGAGUUUGGAAAGCACCUACAAGCAGCUUGACACUAGUAAAAAGCGAUUCGAAAGGGAAUGGAGAGAAGCGGAGCGUGCAGCACAAUACGCAGAGAAGACGGAUCAAGACAUCAAUGCCACAAAGGCGGAUGUUGAAAAGGCCAAACAGCAGGCUCAUAUGAGAGCACACAUAGCAGAGGAGUGUAAGAACGACUACGCUGCUCAGCUUCAGAAGUACAACAAGGAGCAGAACCAGUUCUAUUUUAGUGAUAUGCCACUCAUUUUCAAUAAAAUGCAGGAUCUGGAUGAGAGGCGAGUGCGGAAGUUGGCGCAAGGCUACAUCUUGUUCUCUGACACAGAGAAGCAUGUGAUGCCUAUCAUUGGCAAGUGCCUGGAAGGCAUUACUAAAGCCGGCACUAAUGUUAAUGAGAGAAAUGACUCCAUGGUUGUAAUAGAGCAGAACAAGUCAGGCUUUGAACGUCCUGGAGAUGUCGAGUUUGAGGACUACAGUCAAGGCAUCAACCGAGCCUCAUCUGACAGUAGCCUGGGUACGCCUAAAGGCCCCAUGGACCUUGUGGGAAAGAACAGGAGCAAAAACUUUUGGCUGUUCAGCAAAAGGAGUAAGCUCUCUCCCUCCACACUCCCACCUUUCUCCACACCCCCUGCCCCCUCGCCCGCUAACGGACCCCCUUCCCCCAAGUUUGGCCGGGACCCUCUGUCGUACUGUUUGAAGGAGAUCAAUAAGACAGUCAAACCCAGAAUCUCUUCCUUCCGGACACUCAGGAGAUCGAAGUUUACUCCAGAGAGGAUCACGCCUCCAGUUACGGAGGACUUCGCUCAUCUUCCACCAGAGCAGCGCAGAAAGAGGUUACAACAGAAACUAGAGGAAAUUUGCAAAGAAUUGCAAAAGGAAGUAGAUCAGAGUGAAGCCCUGGGGAAGAUGAAGGAUGUUUAUGAGAAAAAUCCUCAAAUGGGGGACCCAGCGAGUCUGGCAUCCCAAAUCAACCAGACAUCCCAAAAUAUAGAGCGGCUCAGAGGAGAGCUCAACAAGUAUGAGACUUGGCUGGCUGAGGCAGGAGGUCGUGGGGACACAUUGCGCUACAAAACUCACACAUUUAACAACAACGGAGCUCAUGAUGUACACAGUCCUGAUGGAGCUCACUCAGAUGAAAGCACUCCAGAUCCCUCUCAGGCCAUUUACGCCGAAUUUGAUGAUGACUUUGAGGAUGAGGAACUCACAGCUCCUAUUGGAACAUGCACAGCCAUGUACAACUUUCCCGGUGCCAGUGAAGGGACCAUCUCUAUGCAGGAGGGGGAGGUUCUGGCCAUGGUAGAGGAGGACAAAGGGGAUGGCUGGACCCGUGUCCGUAGGAACAAUGGGGAUGAAGGCUAUAUACCAACGUCUUAUGUCACAAUCUCCCUAAACAAAUGAUAAGACAUGUGAGGAACAAGAGAAGAAGAAAUGCUCACUUCACCAAACUGUAUGCAGUUCUUCCAAUGGGACCAAUCAAAAAGAAGCCACAGCACUAAGGGCGGGACCACUGGUGUAUCCAGAAGGGGAUCCAAAUAAGGUGCUUUGAUUUCUUGAGAGAGGUUCCCCAAAGGGGCAGAGGAAUGGUGCUAACAGUAUGUUCCUCAUGGCUUACGUUACGUUAUUGUAAUCCCAGAUAGCUAAGCCACCUAAACCACGAGGUUAUUUUACUUUUUGAUAUCAUGUCACAAUAAUUUUUUGGUUUUGGUUAAAAAUUGUUGCAUGGAUCUUGGGCACCAUUACGGUACAAGUGUUUGCCUUGUUCCACAGCCUAAUAAGGCAUUACCUUCUGAAUGUGAGAGGAAGAAAUAGUGGAGGAAAAAGAGGAGGAGGAAGAUGACUGCUGCUGCCAUCUUUACACUGAGUGUUAAUACCAGUAAUACUUAGGAGGAAAUUACCUCACCUGUUUAACUUUUUAGGUUAAAAGCUGACCUGCUCUGACCCAUGGCAGUCCACUCCACCGUUGAGCCUAAAAUGUAUAACCUGUUGCAGUCCUCAUGUACUAGCACUUGUAUGUGUGACACAGUCACUUUGCUCAUAGUGUCCCCAGGGGAUGAGUGUGGUUUGGGAGAGAAUGCUUUACUUUUUGUUUCCAACAGUUUUGAGACAAAAAGUGUAGAGAGCUCUUCGUCAUAGAAAAUCAAAUGCACACAACCGUACAAACACUUCAACGUUCAGACAAUCACAGCCAUAUCACCAUUUAAGUUCAUUUUCAAACUUUAGCAGUCUAAUAGUUACAACCUGAAAAUUGUACUAAGAAUAAUUUAUUACAAAAUGUGUAUGUUCUAUAAAUAAAAUUUUCAAGUUUGACAGAAGUUGUACUUUGUAUCAUGGAUGUUCUCAAGAUGUUCUCUUCCCCUUGCACACAUAGUGGACAGUGUGUAGCCACAAAAGGGAGUAGGUAAGGCACACAUAAAAUGUGCUCCAUUAAGACUAUUGUAUUUAUGUAAUAAAUAAUAUAUAUUUUAGCUAUCACAACACCACUAUUGUCUUAUUAGCUUUUAACCGUUGAAAUAAAGAUUGUUACAUUGUGAGAGAGAACUAAAAGUCUCUAAUUAUGUUGCUUAUAAUGUUUGGAUUUACUUCACACUUUGUCAAGUUGAACCAUGUCCUAUUUUUAUAUGUUGUCAUGGAGCCAGCAAGAAGCAGUAACUGCUCAUGUGUCUUUAGUGCCUUUCUGGUUAAAAGGAUUAAGGAAUUGUGUGUGUGUGUGUAUAUACCGUUUUUGCAUGUAAGACAUUUUGUUUUUUUCAAGACUUAAUAAAUGUAAAACACAUUUCAAAGUUAGAAGUGCUUAAUGUCAUUUCUGGCCAAAUAAAUAUUUUAAAUAUUU